GCGCUACUGCACAAGGAAACACUCAGCUGCCCUGUGUCCGGAAAUUGGCGUUUGUAUUUGUCAAAAAAGCAUCAUGGCGACAUCGGAGAACUGGGUCUUGGACAGCGUUGUUCAGUUCCUGCGCAGUCCCACCUGGACGGUUCCCGUUAUGAAUUUCAUAGAAGAGAACUGUUUAGUUUUUGACAAUGAUGAGGAAAACAAGUUGGAAUACACGGAGGCUCACAACCAGUACAAGGGCAUGGUGGAAGCCUUACUGGGAAGUUUCAUGGAAGAUCUGGGUAUCACAGAGGACCAGUUUACAGAAGGCUGCAAGAAAGAACUCCUGUCUGCACAGGCCGGCACUUAUCCAUUGGGUCUGUUUCAACAGCUUUGGGCAGCUGACAACUUUCUGACCUUCAAAGCUAUGAUGGUCCAGACAAGGGUUGAGCUGGAGCUUCAGGCUCUACACAUGUUGAAAAGCCAGAACGGGCUGGCUCCAGACGAACACCCCAAGGUUAGAGAAGCCGCGGGGGGUCCUGAGGAAGAUGAUGAAGAGGCAAUACUGCAAGAGGUGCUCAGGAAAUCCAAGGAAGAGUAUGAGGCCCAACAGAAGGGCAAGAAAUCCAAGCCUACUUCAGACAUAGAGAGAGUCAUGCAGGAGUCUAAAGAUGAGCUGGCUCGCAUGGAGGAACUUCUCAAAAAGGAGAGGGAAAUGUUAGAACAAGCUAUGAAGUUGUCUCUGGAAUGUAUGCCCAAAGUCGAUGGUGAAGAAGAGAAAGCUGCACCUCAGGGAAAGCCUGCUGCAGUUGUAGCACCAGCCUCCGCACCCAAAAAAGAAGCGGCCAAAGUCAGCACUCCUGCAAAACAGUCCUCAUUAUCCGAUCUCCCUACAGCACGAGUAGCACCCGUCCGUCCCCAGAAACCACAGUCCCCACCCCCCACACAGUCUCUCAAACCCUCCGCCCCUCCCCCUGGACCUCCCCAGAGAGAGCUGAGUAGUUCAGAGGCAGCUGCCGCUUGGCUAAAGGGAGCGCAGGCAGAGGCAGAGCAUACCAGUGACUCAACUGGAUCUGCAGCUGCAGGGCCAGGUGAUGAUGAGCUGAAGAGGAGACAGGAACACCUGCGGCAGCAGAGGGACAAACUCAUGGCCAUGAAGAAAAAGGAGAGAGAGAAACAGCUGCAGCAGUACAACCAGACUAACAACAGGCCCAAGUCAUCCAAGGUGGCAGAGCAGGUAGCUGCAGGAAAGAUGGAGUCAGUCCAGCCGACACCCAGCACAGAGGACAGCAAGAAACUCCAGAUGAGGCUGACUCUGGCCGAGAGGCUGAAACAGGAGGUCAUCGGGAAGAAGUAGACGUCAACACUUUCACCCCGUCUUGCUUUCACUUUCACCAUGCUUAUGCCACACCAAUAUAAUUUGUUGGUUCUAGGAUUUUUUUCAGAAAAAAUAUGAAGCGACAGGGGGGGAAAAUAAAAAAAUAAAACAGGUCUAGGCAUCCUAUUAUAGCUCCAAAUGGUACGAUAGGAGCCAUGAAGUC